UCUCAGACAGCCGGGCCCGGGAUGGGGUCCCGGCCUGGCUCCCCUCCGCGUCCCGCGGUGCCCAGGCGAGGCGGCAGCGCCCCCCAGCGGCGGGGCAGCGCGAGCCCCGCCCACCCCGUUGGGGGCGGGGCCUGCGCUCCGGGCCCCGGUAACUUUCCAGCCCUGCCCACGUGGUGCGGCGGCGGCCGCCCCCUGGCGGCGGCGAUUGGCGCAGGCGGGCCCGCCCCCCUGCCUGCCGCCGUGCCGGCUCUGCGCUGCCGGCGGCUGCACCGGGCGGGGGCACCGCCACCGGCACCGCCACCGGGACCGCGCUCGGCACGGCACGGCACGGCACGGCUCGGCUCGGCACGGCACGGCUCGGCACGGCACGGGCUCACCAUGAUCGUGUGUCCCCAGAGCGUGGAGCACCCCCGAGGAAGCCGAUGCCAGCGGCUGCCGGGGCAGGUAGUGAAGAUGUCCAGCAGCGACCCUGAGUGCCCCCAGUUCCUCUUCGUGAAGGUGCUGGCAAGCCGAGGGCGGCUGGAGGCAGUGACCCAGCAGAUGGGCUACCACCCACAGUACCUGGACAGCUUCCUCAAGACGCAGCACUACCUGAUGCACAUGGACGGCCCUCUGCCCUUUGACUGCCGGCACUACAUCGCCAUCAUGGCAGCAGCCCGGCACCAGUGCCGCUACCUGGUGAACCUGCACGUGCUGCAGUUCCUGCGGGCAGGGGGUGACCCCCAGUGGCUGCGCGGCCUCGAAUUCAUCCCCCCCAAACUCCGCAACCUCAACGAGAUCAACAAGAUCCUGGCACACCGGCCAUGGCUCAUCACCAAGGAGCACAUUGAGAAGCUGCUGAAGAUCAGCGAGUGGAGCUGGUCACUGGCAGAGCUGGUGCAUGCCGUCGUCCUCCUGGCACACUGCCACGCACUUGCCAGCUUUGUCUUCGGCUGUGGCUGCGAGCAGGACGAGGGGCUGGGGGGCCGAGGCGCGCCGAAGCCACUGUCACUCGGGAACCAGUGCUUCUGCGAGGCCACUGCCGGCAACAGCUACAGCCAGGAGCUGCUGCGUAUCAACCGCAAGCGGUCCCUGGACUCCUGCAUGGAGCUGGAUUCCCUCCGGGAACGCAUGCAGCGGAUCCAUGUGGAGACUGAGGGCAGGGACGAGAUGAGGCUGCUGCAGCAGGAGCGAGAGGAAGGGCUCUCCCCUCUUGCAGAUACUGACGGGGAAGUCACCGGUGCCACCAACCUUGCAUGCUACAUGCAGGACCCUGACUUUGGAUACCAAGACUUUGCCCGGCGUGAUGAGGAUCAGACGCAGGUAUUCAGAGUCCAGGACUACUCCUGGGAAGACCAUGGCUUCUCACUGGUCAACCGGCUCUACUCUGACAUUGGGCAUCUCCUGGAUGAGAAGUUUAGGAUGGUGGAUGGUCUGCAAAGCAGUGCCAUGGCCAAGCGGCAGGGCUGUGAACCCUCUGUUUUCAAGCGGGGCAUCUGGAACUACAUCCACUGCAUGUUUGGCAUUAGGUACGAUGAUUAUGACUAUGCAGAAGUGAAUCAGCUCCUGGAGCGAAUGCUCAAAGUUUACAUUAAAACUGUAACCUGCUACCCAGAGAAGACAAACUCAGAAAUGUUUGACAGGUUCUGGAAGCAGUUCAAGCACAGUGAAAAGGUCCACGUGAACCUGCUCAUCCUGGAAGCCCGGAUGCAGGCAGAGCUGCUGUACGCGUUGCAGGCCAUCACCCAGUACAUGAUCUCCUAGAUGCUGGAGCUGCGCUGCGGCAGGGCCGGGCAGCCUCCUCUCUCCCUGAACUCGUGCGGGACCCGUCACGCUGGGACCAACGGCGAGGGAUUCCUUGAUUCAUUUUACUUGACUGUAUUGUUCCUUUUUGUUGGUUCUCCCCCCAUCCCCGCCUUGUGGGGGUCACUGAGUGGCCCUGUUACGUGCAAUUACCAAACUGUGAGGCAAGUCCGUGCUGCUGAGAUGCUGGAGACUUGAACAUGUCCGAGGAGGACUGCCAAAAACAUGUGGGAGAGGGAAGUGGGAGGGUACUGGGGCCAGAUUAGAGGGAUGCUCCUUGCCUGGGUGCUGUGGGAGCCUCAGUGGCACAGGGAGGGCAGAAGGGAGCACUGGCUUCCUUCCCUGUGCUGCAGUGGCUGCUCUGCUUGCAAAGCCACGCUUGGGCACCUGUCCUCAUCGGGGUGGUGUCUCUCACUUGGGAACAGUGCGGGCAGCAUGUGGGUGUGUUGCAGUGUUCUGAGUUGCAGGGUUAGGCAGCAAGAAGCACUGGCUCCUAGCAAGGGCCCUUCUCCAGCACAGCAAGGGGAUGCACUUGCUGCCUGCGUGUUAGGUCCUUUAGGUCUAUGUGCCAAACCCUUCUGGGAUGGACAAGAGAUGACCCAGCAAACUCCAAACUGUGAAGCUCUUGGUGGCAGAGCAUCCUCGUGCUUUGCUUUCUCCGACAGUGGGAUGAGAAGGUCUUUGACAGAGUUCAGGCACUGGACGUUUCUGCUGGGGACUUUGGCAGUCCUAAGCCUCUCCUCUGCUUCCCAUCAGCAGGGAGGCUUGUUAAUGUGUUUGAGUUACUGUGAUUUUUAUCUUCUUACCACCAUGAGAGGGCUGAGGUCCUGUGCCCAGUCACUUGCUUAACAGCAUGGUGGAGGAGCCUGUGGUCAGCACAGGUAAGCUACAGGAAGCUUCUCUGUGAAUGUGGGUUGGGGGGCACUCCUGGGAUUGCCCCAUCUGAACAGAAGCAGCCUGUCCACCAGCCUUGCCCUCUGCCUAGGGGGCUACACCACAAUUCCCCCCAUUUCCUGGGCUGCUCCCUGCCUGUGCCACAACCCCUGGCUGGAGAGGUACAAGGGCACCAGUGCGGGCUCCAGAGAGCAGCCACAAAAGGGGAAUGAAGCCACCCGUUGUGAGUGGGAGCCUGAAGCAAGGGCAGCUGUUGAGUCAGCCAGUGCACGCUGCUUCAGUCGACCUGUUUACUGCGUAAAUAUACGGGGAGAAAACCUUGUGUAUGGAAGCUACAGAAAAAGCCUAUUUUUGCUAUAAAUAUAUUAUGUUUGACAUGGAUGUGUGCUUUAUUUCUGCUAGAUUUUGGGAAGGGGAUCCAAACUUGCAUGGUUGCUGUGAAAGCAGGACAGCAAUGUCUGGCUGACCACAGCACUGAGAUGGCCCAAGUGUCAGGAAACCCAACAUUCUCAGUCAUGCACUGACAGCCCUGGUCCAUGGCCAGCAGCUGGUCACUGAAGCUACACCUAUCCUGUUCAGCUCAGCUCUGUCCUCUUGCCAUGCUCAGAUAAGCAACUGCUGCAGCACUGCAUGUUUGAUAGGAAAAGAGGGAAAUUUUUCAAGUGGCUGUGACAUUCCAGCAAGGAGGAGUGGAGUGUGCCAAAGGAAGGAGCUGGCUGGUACCUGGUCACACGUGGGCAAGGUGGGGAUGCUGCUUCUGCAGCUGAAGAAGAAGCAUUUUGCUCACUCAGUGAGCAAGGCCAGGAACCAGGACCAACUUUUUCCUGAUCCAUGCUGCUAUUGCUUUCCCUCCGCUGGGGCUAGACUAGCUUGCACUGGGCCAAGCUGGUGCCUGGGCAGUAAACUAUCAGUACUACUGGUGCUGGGUAGUACCAGCUGAGUCAAUACUGGUGCUGGAACAGUGACACCAGUGCAAGCAUGACUGGUGCUGGGACAGCUGCCACCAGGCUUGGCUAGACAGUGCAGGGACUGACUGCUCUACUAUCAGCCCCAGUGAGGGCUCGGCAGCUCAGUGGCUGGGUGUACUGCUCGCUGGCAGGGGUAGCACUGGUUAACCACAGCAGGCUAGCUGCCUGCCAGCCAGCUUGUCAGACUCCCUGCUGUCCCUGCAAAAGCAGCUCUAUCCCCUGCAGGGCUGGGACGAGCCACAGCAGCCAGUUCCCCACAGGGCUCACUGCUGGUGAAGCCAGCAGCACACCUGCAGUGCUGGGCAGCCUGGGCUGGCUCCCAGUCGACUGCCAGCAGCAGCACCCUCAUCUCCCACCACCACCCCGUGCUGGCCAGGAAAGGGACAAGGCAGUGACAGCAUGGCUCUGGCUGGGGGUGAGGGGCUGCCUGUCCCAGGUGAUGUGAGGCUGGCUCCCUUUUACCUCAUCUCUACACCUGCACUAAGGGCUGGCCUUGCAGGGGCUGGGGGCAGCUCCCACACACUCCAGCUCAUAGACAAGUAUCAGCCACACCAGUAAGAUGAAAGGCUCCAUGCUUUCUCAAGCCUGACCAGAAACAAGCAGAGCUGCUGGCAAGGCCAGGAGAGACUGCAGGCAGUCACACACAGCAUGCCACAAGUCUGGCAAUUUCAGCGCUUAGGUCCCUGUCCUGGGGGCCCCUGCAUCCUUCAUGUGCUUGGGCCAGUAUAUUCCUCCCUAUUGCUCUGUGGCUGGAAGAACUGCCCGAGUACAGACUGCCUCACCUCUGCAGGAACCUUCCAGGAGAUCCUGUACAUGGGAGCUGGGACACCGUGACUGUACCAGGGAUUACCCAGGGGAGGAUGCAGGCACAUGCCCAAAGCAGUAACUGAGUUUAUUGCAAAGCCUGUAGCAGAAAGAAGUGCUGGCAUGUGCAGCCAGGAUUGCUUUUGUAACAGCUGAGCCAUUCCCAAGCUGCAUGGUGGGAGGAAUGGUGUGUCCUGGCCCAUGGACAACACCAAGUCACACUGCAGCAAUGGUACUGCCACAGCUCCUACAACCCACCCAGUCAGAGUCAGGCCUCUGGCUGCUGCUCUUACCACAGCUCUGAAGGGGAAAUUACACAGGAGCUGAGGACAGCUCAGGAGAAGGCAGUGUGCACCCACCAUCUCCCUGUGCCCCAGCCCUCCUUCCUCACACAGCACCACACAGGACACAUGCAGUAGGGCAGCAGCCUUCCCCACUGUGCUUCCACACGUGGGCCCGUCACUGGUGGCACACAGGUAUUCAUCAACCAGCAGGAGUUGGAGGCAAAGCAGGACUGUGGCCAGAAACCCAGCUGAGCAGAAAAGCUGUUUUUGCACUGACUUCACGUACUGCUGUUCUGCAGACAACUACCCAUGGGCCAAAAUAAUUAUGGUGACAAGCUGGGAGAGCUACGAGGUCUCCAAGACUGCAAGAAAGGUGCAAACACAAGGCACUGAAACCACAGAACACAGCAGGACUCUUGGUGACUACUGAAGAGAUUGUCACACUCAUCAAAAGCAACCCUGAGCCAAGGCAUUCGGGUCCCAUUUUGUUCUCCUUGGCAAUGCUUAAACGGCACAGGCCAAUGCUCAAAGAGGUAAAAGAAGUGUUAAUGGCCACUGGUCAAAUGCAUGGUGUGAGGCAAGUUUUGAACACAUUCACUUUGAUCCAAUCAGCUGCAAAAUCUUGGGCAUUUAGUGUCUCCAACAGCAUCCAUCAUUAUGUGCCUGCAAGAAGCCCUAAGUACCCAAGGAACAGACGAGGGGCAGAGAGUUCCCCUAAGGCUCUCCUCCUAAUUCCCCAUUUUUGUAAACUGGGUUAAAUCUUGAAGCAGGACCCUUAAAAACCCCUUAGAUUUAUUUAGUUAUUUGCAUUAACUGUAGUGAAGAAUAGAUUUAAAAAAUAAUAUACUGGGUAUCCAAGGCUUUGAAUGAAAAUUUUCUGGCUGUACACAUAUUGUGCAAUUUCACAAAUGAGCCUUUACCCUCAGCAGUGUUAGAACAUCCCCAACUUGCUCUCUGUGUGUCUAACCCAGCCGGUGGAAUCUGCAGUCUACAGUCCUUCCCUUGUUUCUCUCUCGUCUCCUUACCUGCCACCACUGCUGCUGACACACAAAGAUAUUUGAAUGUAGCUAUACAAAACAGAGUUACCUUUAGCACUGAGGUCUAGAAAGGCAAGAAAUGAAGGGACUGAAACAACUCUAGACUAGUCCUGCAGGAUUUAAAACUCCCCAGGGUCAGUUUUAAGUCUUGGCAACACACAGAUCCCCAUGCACUGCCAGCAAGUUGUAACAAGGGGCUCUACACACUGCAGAGCACGCCAGAGACUUUGUGGGUGGUCACACGGCAACCCGUCUGCCUCUGGCCAACUAAGGGGCACUCAGUCCCACUGAGGGGGAUCCCUAACAGGUGAGGAUGGCAGAGGAAAGAAGACAAGGACAAGGAAAAAUAGCUGGCCCUUGCCAUGAGUACAGAACAAACUGGAUGAGACACAGAGCAGAGGAUUACAGGUUUUUAUUUUUCAAACAUUCCCCCUAGUCUAGCACAUUCUACAGUCUUGCUAGCACAGAUGGUAACAAAGCCUGUAAUGGUUCAGAAGUUACACUGCUACAGAGAGCAAACAAAAGCAGAGAUUUAUUUUUUAAAAAAAAUAUUGUGAGAAAUGGGUGGAAGAGUGCACAGGGGAUGUGGUGGAAACUGUCAGGUAGUGGUGCCCUGUGUGCAGCAGACAUCUGUGCUAGCAAUGCAGAAAACUUUCCUGGGACUGCACCAGGUGAAGACUCCACUGUGCUGGAAGCACCAUUUCACAGAACCACCCCAGUGCCAUUGGAAGGCGGCUGCUUUCAGGACAAGUAACCUAUCUUCUGCUUAGCCAAACCUCUCAAGACACCCUGGGGAACCUCACACCACCAGUCCCACACCACUGCCCUUCUGAAAAGCAAUGAGGACUCUGUUUUGGUGUCCCAGAACAUCCCCUUCUACCAUGCACCAUAACACUGCCUCGGCCAAAGCACCAUAAAUGCAACACUGCCAGCUCUCACACCUUCAGCUUCUGCUGCCUCUUCUCCCUGCUUUACACCACAGUGUUAGGAGUGAUUUUGAUUCCAUCAGACACUGCUUUCCAUCAGCUACAGACACAUCAGGUGCAGGGAAAGACACACAGUGACUAAUGAAGAAAGGGGAUCCCUUUCCUGAAGGUCAAGUAUGCGUGGUGAUGGGUUAGCUCAUGCUCCAAGCCUUCACACAGACAGAUCCUUCAGGCUUCAGAAGUUACCUCUUGCUUGCUUUUCCCCACAUUAAUUAGAACAUGUUUUUCAUUAGACAUGCAACUGAGGCAAGCCCUAAGCUAUUCUCUGUUCAUACUCAUGUCUCAAAGUUGAUUGAUUUGCUUUGGGUUUGCUGUUUUUUUUUUUUUUAAUAAUGGA